CACAUAGAGGAGAGAUACAAUCUCAUUCUUCAUUGGUCUUCAUUGGUCCGUUUCAUAUAGCUCAUGCAGGUUCCAUGCCUUCUUCUAGCGGCUGCCAGGCAGGGGAGCCACAACCUGGCCACAACGUGAUUACCUGGAUCACCAGCUGAUUACCAGUGAAUCUCUGUUGAUCGCGACUGACUGGUCACCUGGUCACUGAAAACCACUCAUCACCACUGAUCAGUGAUCCCUGUCUUGUAAUACUCUCUGGAUCUAUCACUGCUCGCGUUCAUGGGCAACUAAAUACUCUGUGGUGUCGUGUGUCGUGCUUGUGUUAUGUGUGAAGGUGGUGUGUGACGCAUGUGCGCGGGGUGAUUGGCUGGUGAUCAUGGCAUUAAAAGGGUUAGAAUUUGCACGUGCGUUAUUGGAGAAGUACGGUUGGAAAGAUGGUAAAGGUUUGGGGCGGAAUGAAGAUGGAAUGGCACAUGCCCUGAAACCAAAAUGCAAGUUUGACAAGGCAGGCAUGGGGCACAAUGGACUUUCUGAGCAAUUCACAUCGCAGUGGUGGGAGAAGGCAUACAACAAAGUUGCUAAAAACAUCAGUGUUAUUCAGGAUAAGAGUGACAUUCAAAUUCAACAAGAAGACAGAGAAGAAUUGUUUAAAACUAAAGAUGCACGACCAUUUUCUAUGUACAAUCCAAUAGAUUACAAUGCUUUUGUGAAGACACAUGUAUUGACUGGAGAAGGAGUGGUAGAAGUAGCUGAACCUAUGUCAAACCCUAGCACAUCCUCUGAAAAGGAUGCUCCUUUGGAAGCACGUUCAUGUCUCACAGAUGAAGAAAUAUUUCAAGCAUGUGGAGGACGCACUGUUCACAAAGGUGCUCGCCAUGGAUUAAAUUUAAAUGGCAAGCUUGCUCGGAUUGAGCGUCAAGAACAAGAACUUUUACUGAAGUACCAAUCUCAGCCUAGCUCAGAAGCCUCAGAUUUUGAACCAAGUGGGAGUAAGAAAAAGAAAAAAGAAAAAAUCAAAAGUAUUUUGAAAGGUACUACCAUUGGAAUAGAAUCAGAUUGUGUUCUGACUUUUGAAAGAAGUAAAAAGAAGAAAGAUUGCCGUAAUGUUUUGGAUGAUAGUCUUGAGAUAUCCAAGAGAAAAAAGAGAAAAAAUAAUAUUGAAACAGAAUUUGUGGAGAAUCCAACUACUUUUGAUAUACCUUUGAACUACACUUGCUCCUCUUUCCUCAUUGAAGAUAAUACUGACCCUCAAUAUAAGACAAGUAAAAAGAAGAAAAACCAAGAAUCAGAAAAAAUUGAAGAUGUGAACACCGAUGUGACAGAUACUUCCACACCUGAACCUCACAAGAAAAAAAAGAAAAAUAUUCAGAAUGAUGCUCAGCAUUCAGAAAUUAUUAAUCCAUCACUAUCUGAUCGUAAAAAAAAAAAGAAAAAAAAGAAAAGCAUUGUAUGAAGGCUCUUUAGAUUGAUAUCACUGAAACAAUACAAGAAGUUCAGAAAAAAAAUAUCACCAAAUCCAAAGCAGGCAAGCAUAAAAUUCAAUACUGAAUAUUCAUAAAAAAUGCACCCAUCAGGGAUAUGUGAAACCUGCCAGUUUGAUGUUUCUCUACAAUGAAAUGUGUGUAGCAGAAUUGUCAACACCAAGCAGAGAAGAGACCUAAAAUAUACCAAACAAAAGAAGAAUUGCGAAAGUCAAGGAUAAAACAUUGCAAACAUUUAAAUUGAAUUAAUUUAAUAAAUAAUCAAAAAAAAAUUGUAUCAUUUCAAUUGAGCAUCAAUGCAUUAGUGUUGAACUAAUUUCAACCAGGGACAAUAUACAUGUAUAUAAAAGGUGCACAGCCAAACAAUGACAUUUGUUUCAUUAUGAAAAAACUUUUAAUGUUGAACUUGUAAAUAUAAUUUAUUUAUAAAUACUUCAACAGUACCAUAUUUCACACCUGUCAUUAAUUUCCUUUCAGCUUGUUUUACACGAUUUGGUAAUGAUGGCUUGUAUAUACUUACUGCAGUUGGAAAGAUUACACUUUUCUUUUUUAUUUAUUUAAGGGUGCUUUUCUACAACUGGGUCAUAAGCGACCACGAGAAUCAAUUUAUAAUUUACACAAGAACACAUUUUUAUAUAAUAAUUAUUAAUUUAUACAUUUUUUACAGUUAUGCUAUUAUACAAUAACAUACAAUUCAUACAAGCAUAUAAAUGGUCAAAAUCUAUUAAUAAUGUAGGUACUUACAUAAUUGGGAUGGGUACACAUAUUUAUUUACAUUACACAAGUUUUGAUAUUAACUGCAAGUUUGAAGGAUUAUUUGGAUUGGAUGUUUGAAGGAUUACUCAAGACCUAUUGUAAAACGUGCACGAUGCAAAACGUGUAAUGAGGAAAUCUUCUCCAUCUGAUUCAUAACCUAUGGUCUUGGCAAAUGUAAAUUUUUCAGUAUUUCAAUGUAUAAUGUGAAAUCUUCUCUAAUGCAGAAAAAAUGGUGGUCACUUAAAAUUCUGCAUUGAGCAAUUUUUACUGUAUUUGUCUACAUCAUAAAUCAGUUACAGCCAUGGUCCCCCAUUUUCGUAUAGUGUGAUGUGAUUGAGCUGUGCAUGUUGAGUGGCUAAUUCUGUGAUGUACUCUGACAAGAUCUAAACAAGAUUGGUGGGGUCAAGUUUCAAAACAUUCUAGGCGUUAGGAGCCACCUGAAGCUUGCCACAUCCAAAAUCCAACUAUCCCUAACAAAAAUGUGCUUUUUCCUCAAUUUUUGGCUCUUGGAUUUCCCAAAAUCAAGGUUACUAGGAUUAUACUUAACUAGUGGCGCCCAACUCUGCAUUAUUUAAAGUAACUGAAAAUUUAUCCAAAUUUAAGGUGAUAGGAUAAA